CAACUCUGAGCCUUUUCUCGCGGCAUGAAUCCAAGGCUCACUCAUCGUUUUGUUUUUGUUGCUUUGUGUGUUUCUUUUUGGUUGCUGGCUUUUCUUGUUUGACCAUUGAAUUUGGUGCUACAUUGAGUGAAACGAGCUGGGCUGGGGUUUUGUGAAGAUGCGAGGCGGCAGGCGGUCGGACGUGGCCAAGAGCGCGUCUCGGUCCAUGCCCAUCAUCAGCAUCAUCGUCAUCGUCAUGCUCAUGAGUGCAGUAGUGCUCGUUGUCGUGGCGGUCGUACCUGGCAAUCAAGCGCCCGGCAAACACGAAGGUGCUCGUGCACGGGCGACCGCGCCCACUGCGGCACCACCACUACUACUGCCGGCAUCGCUUGCUCAUCAUGGUAGUGGUGCUGAUACUGCGGCCGAGAUGGGCGCGGGCGAGAACGCCGCCGUCGCUGCUGCUGCUGGGACGGCCGACAGUACCAUUGCUGAUGAUGAUGAUGCUGCUGCUGCCGUUGCUGCUGGAACUGGCAACCGAGACGCUCGGCGCGAUCUGGACAUUGAGGACGAUGACUCGUUGGUGCUCAAUCCAUUCUCGGGCGUCGCAUUCGACCAGCGGCCGUACAUGGCUCGCAAGCCACUUCUCAUGCCGGGCGUCACCACCACCAGUGACGACACGUAUCUCUGCACAUUUGCCGCGCUUCCAGAAGAGCACGACUAUUUCAUUCAUAAAUUCGAGCCUGUUGCAAACGAGCACUUGGUGCAUCACAUGAUGGUGUAUGGCUGCACAACACCGUACGUUGAUACGGGCCGACCAUGGGGAUGCGCAAACAUGAAUCAUGUAUGCGGCGAAACGGGCUCGCAUGUUCUGUUUAGCUGGGCUCACGGAGCCAGAGCAUUCACUCUGCCUGAUAACACUGGGUUCCAUGUUGGCCAAUUCGCCACCAUCCGUACCCUCGUCUUGCAGGUUCACUACGCGCCCAUCAUUCACGUACCCGAUUUCGUCACGGGUGUGCAACUGUACUUGGCUCGCGCGACCUCCGCAAGUGUGUUUGCAGGAAUGCUUGUGAUGGCCAGGUCACAAUUGCAUCUCGAGUACGCGACCGAUCUCGUGGAGGCUCCUCUCUCGUGCACAUUUUCUUCUCCGGCCCCGAUAACGGCAUUUGCUUUCCGAGUUCAUGCUCAUGGUCUUGGAGAGAGCAUUUCCGCCUCUGUUCGCUCCGCAACCACUGGAGCGUUGACGGUGCUUGGAGUCGGUGUACCGUCGAACGGCUCCUUUGUGAUGCUGCCAGAGCCCAUUACGCUUUCCAGCAAUGACGUGUUGGAGGGAUAUUGUCGGUACAAUACGAGCUCACUGUCGCCAGGACAGGUCGUGCGCGUUGGAACAACCUUUGCCGAUGAAAUGUGCAACUUUUAUCUCAUGUUUAGCUCCGCUGUGGUGGAUGGCACAUUCCUCUGCGAGUCGACCCCGACCUUUGUCGACAACUCGUUUGUGCCCGACAACCCUGAUGCCUCGCAGAGCAAGUGUACUGCAAUGCGGCCGUGUUCACAGUACACGCACAUGCGAGAAUGCUUCAUCCGGCUGAACAAGCCUUGUUGCUGCCCGAUUGUUGAUGACUCGCCGGAAACUGCCGCGAGGAAGCACCGCGGCCUUUACUGGGAUGACUCACAGCAGUACGUCAACGUGACCUCCCAGAUGGGGUUGGUCAACCGUUGGCCAAACUACUUUCCAGUCUCUGGCUGGGAGAUUGAUCCCGCAGACACCAGCAACGGCGCACCAAAGCCCCGUGACUUUGCCUCUGCCGCCUCAGCGUCGCUGCAGGUGGUCGCGUCUUACGCCUCGGCUUCCGUCGAGGCAGCACGUGCCAGCCGCUCGCCCAUUCCCGCUCCCCCGCGAUGGGACGAGUUCAUUCCUCCACCCUUCACCCUCGGUCAGGUGACUGGCUUGGCCACAGACCCGCAUGGCAAUGUCUGGGUACUUCACCGAGGCGAUCGCAUCUGGGACGAACUCACCUUUGAUGCCCAGAACAACAUUCGCUACGACACACCCAUCAUGGAAGACGUGCUGGUCUGCAUUAGCGCCUCCACGGGAGUGCGUCUUUCCUCGUGGGGCGGUGGAUUCUUUUACUUUCCGCAUGGGUUGCAAAUCGAUGCAGCUGGCAACUUUUGGAUUACCGACAUUGGCCUGCACCAAGUCUUCAAGUUUGGUCCAGCCCACGAGUUUCCUCCACUCCUGACAUUGGGAAGCCGCCUUCAGCCGGGCUCUGGGCCUGGGCAGUUUUGCAAGCCAGCCGAUGCGGGCCCGACAUCCAGCGGGACAAUCGUUGUGGCAGACGGCUACUGCAACAGUCGUGUCGUCCGCUUCCAGUCCACGGGCAUUUUCCGGGAUACCAAAGGCAUCUUUGGCGCCAUUGACGGUCAGGAUCUGCCGCCAGCAGGCAUGUUCCACAUUCCACACAGCGUCACGUUUGAUUCCAAAGGCAAUUCGUACAUUGCCGAUCGCGAAAAUGGUCGUAUUCAGGUCCUUAGCGAAGCGGGCGUCUUUACCCACUUUUACACCGAAGUCGUCCAUGCGACCAUUGAUGUUGGAGACGGGCAUCCCAUCCUUGAGCUCGAGCGGCAGUGGCGCGCCGUCUACUCUGUGAGAAUCUUGCCACAUACCGAGCUGUUGGUGGCGGGUGUGCUGGACAAUCCGUUCGGAGACCGAGGGCGCAUUGUUCGCAUUCAAAUCCGCGACGGAGAAGGGGAUGGCUUGCUACUGGGAUCGUUCGGCAAUGUCAACGAUACCGAUGUGUUUAGCCCUGCCUACUCGGUGCAAAUUCCUCACGCGCUUGCGACCCGCGUCGGCCUCGACAGCUUGUUUGUGGCCGACCAAAGGCCCAGUCGCUUGCUGCGUUACGAAGGAUUUCGCACGGCGAACGAUCCAGUGCCCGACAUGGCUGCAAUUGCUGCCAAUCCGGAUCGGCACACAAAGUUCGUCCCUGGUGAGGACGGUGUUCCUCCAGUCAACCUCCACAGCUACGACUGUGACCGGCUGCAGCAAGCUGCGGUGCUCCUCUCGGAUUCUGAACUCCAUCUUGAUUGCAGCUGUGGAAUCCAAAUUCACAGCAACCAUCCUCAGGACUGUGUUUCAGGAUGGUACUGCCGGCCAACAGCGCCGCUGUCCGUGAUUCUGGGCUACACGCUCGAUGACGGUGACAGUGUCGUCCAUUCUGGCGUUCCCGUCUUUGUAUCGCGGCACCGCUAUGAUGCGCAAAACCCCUUGUUCUUGACAUACUCGGGAGUGACGCCGCAGUCUGGGAUGUGGUACGUCCACAGUACUGCAGGAAACCGAUUGUAUCCCAGUCGUGGAAGCUAUCCUGUCGGUGCAGCGCUCAAGCACCAGUCUGCCGGCUCUGCGUACUUUUUCCCCGUGCACUUUGAAGGUGGCGGCGACGCUUCGACCACGAGUGUCCAGGUCGGCCCGUCUGGAUCCAAUGUUUGUCUGCCAAUCGACGCGACAUCGACCUCAUUGGCAGCACUGGCUUCUGCCGCCAGUGCCAGCUUGGAAGCCGUGAGCCUGGACGCCUUGUCGUCAAGGUUGAAUUCGAGAGUCCCAGCGCCAACUUCCAGUCGCACAACUCCAGUACCCCGACCCACCGCGUCCCUUGCAACUCGCCAGCCUCAAGACGACGCGAAUGCAAGUGGUACUCCAGACAGUCUCAGCGAGGCGUUGUCCAGCCACCGUUUGCUCAUCAUUGCUGGUGUGGUUGCCGGCGUCGCCGUGAUUGGAUGUGUGAUUGGCACCGCUGUGUGGCUGCGACGCCGCCACGCGCAGGGCAAGGGCAUUCAGCAGUUAUAUCGCAGUCUUCGCAGCAAAGACGUGUUUGAUGCUGGCCACGUCAGCAGCUCGGAUGCCGAGUCCAUCGCUCCACAUCGUCGUCGACACAGGAGUGCGCAUGACGACACGGAUGACGACAACAUGAACACUUUCCGCAUGAAGUUUUUGCCGCAACAGCGAGACAAGCCGCGCUUGCACUUGCACGACGAGAGUGGCGACAGCGAUUCUGAGUUAGUCCCGUCGUCCGCGUCGUCAUCACAGCACCAACAACGCCGCAAUCAUGCAGAAUCAGAGGAUGACACGGGAAGCUCCGAGUUUGAUUCUGACGAUGGCGCGUCGACCGAUGAUUUCACGGAUGGUGAGGAUGUUGAUGAGAACGACGAGUCCGACCCUGACGAUGACGAAGCUGCCGCGGGCUCAAACCGACCGCGCUCGCAUCGGCGACCGCGCUCCGGUGCAUCAUCUCGACGCCACCCCGACUCCCAAGACAAGCCGUCGUUGUUCUCCAACUUGCUGUCAAAACUUUGGUGAUUGGAACGGAACGGUUUGGCGCUUCGUUUCUUAAAUUUUUUUUGCUCGUUGUUUGUUUAUUUGUUGUACAAUUCAAGUGC